AUGGCGGCGUCCCGGGACGCGGCGGCCGAGCUGCUCUUCUACGUGAACGGCAGCAAGGUGAUAGAAAAGAAUGCUGACCCUGAAAUGAUGCUGUUACCAUACCUGAGGAAGAAGCUCCGAUUUACAGGAACUAAGUAUGGCUGUGGAGGAGGAGGCUGUGGUGCCUGUACAGUAAUGAUAUCACGAUACAACCCCAUCACCAAGAGGAUAAGACACUAUCCAGCCAAUGCCUGUCUGAUUCCCAUAUGUUCUCUGUAUGGUGCUGCCGUCACCACAGUAGAAGGCCUGGGAAGCACCAGCAGCAGGAUUCAUCCUGUUCAGGAGAGAAUCGCCAAGUGUCAUGGUACCCAGUGUGGAUUCUGCACCCCGGGGAUGGUAAUGUCCAUCUAUGCUCUACUGAGGAACCACCCAGAGCCCUCGCUGGAUCAGUUAACCGAUGCCCUUAGUGGUAACCUGUGCCGCUGCACUGGAUACAGGCCCAUAAUAGAUGCUUGCAAGACUUUCUGUAAAAGUACUGGCUGCUGUCAAAGUAAAGAAAAUGGAGUUUGCUGUUUGGAUCAAGAAAUAAAUGAAUUACCUGAAUUUGAGGAAGGGAGAAAGGCAAGUCAAACACUCUUCUCAGAAGAGGAGUUCCUGCCAUUGGACCCAACCCAGGAAUUGAUAUUUCCUCCUGAGCUAAUGAUGAUAGCUGAGAAACAACCACAAAGGACCAGGGUUUUUGGUGGAGAGAGAAUGACAUGGAUCUCCCCAGUGACCCUGAAGGAACUUCUGGAAGCUAAAGUCAAGUAUCCUCAGGCUCCCGUUGUGAUGGGGAACACCUCUGUGGGACCUGAAGUGAAAUUUAAAGGCAUCUUUCACCCAAUUAUUAUUUCUCCUGAUGGAAUUGAAGAACUGAGUGUUAUGAAACAUACAUAUAAUGGGCUGACCUUAGGUGCCGGCCUCAGUCUGGCUCAGGUGAAGGACAUCCUGGCUGAUGUGAUACAGAAGGUUCCAAAGGAGAAGACACAGCUGUAUCAGGCUCUCUUGAAGCAUUUGGAAACUCUGGCUGGGUCACAGAUCAGAAACAUGGCUUCUUUAGGAGGCCACAUCAUGAGCAGACAUCUAGAUUCAGAUCUGAAUCCCCUCUUGGCUGUGGGCAAUUGUACCCUCAACGUACUGUCAGAAGAAGGAGAACGGCAGAUUCCUUUAAAUGAGCAAUUUCUCAGAAAGUGCUCCAAUGCGGAUCUUAACCCUGAAGAAAUCUUGGUCUCAGUGAACAUCCCUUACUCCAGGAAGUGGGAAUUCAUAUCUGCCUUCCGACAAGCUCAGCGGCAACAGAAUGCACUAGCGAUAGUCAAUUCGGGGAUGAGAGUCUUUUUUGGAGACAGGGAUGGCAUCAUUAGAGAAUUAUCCAUCUCCUAUGGAGGCGUUGGUCCAACCACCAUCUGUGCAAAGAAUUCCUGUCAGAAACUCAUUGGAAGGCCCUGGAAUGAAGAGAUGCUGGGUGCAGCUUGCCGGCUGAUUCUGGACGAAGUCUCCCUCCCAGGCUCGGCGCAGGGUGGGAAGGUGGAAUUCAAGCGGACUCUUAUUAUCAGCUUCCUCUUCAAGUUUUACCUGGAAGUGUCACAGAUUUUGAAGAGAAUGGAUCCUGUUCAUUAUCCUAGCCUUCAAGACAAGUAUGAAAGUGCUUUAGAAGAUCUCCAUUCCAGACAUCACUGGAGUUUAUUCAAGUUCCAGAGUGUGGACCCAAGGCAACUUCCUCAAGACCCAGUUGGCCAUCCCAUCAUGCAUCUGUCUGGUAUUAAGCAUGCCACAGGCGAAGCCAUCUACUGUGAUGACAUGCCGGCAGUGGACCAGGAACUGUUCUUGACUUUCGUAACAAGUUCAAGAGCUCAUGCUAAGAUUAUGUCUAUUGAUGUAUCAGAAGCUUGCAACCUGCCAGGUGUGGUGGAUGUCGUGACCGCAGAACACCUUCAUGAUGUAAACUCCUUCUGCCUUUUAACCGAACCUGAGAAACUUCUGGCAACAGAUGAAGUAUUUUGUGUGGGUCAGCUUAUCUGCGCUGUGAUUGCGGAUUCUGAGGUCCAGGCAAAGCGAGCCGCUAAGCAAGUGAAGAUUGUCUACAAAGAUUUGGAGCCACUGAUCCUAACAAUUGAGGAGGCUGUACAACACAAUUCCUUUUUCAAGCCAGAAAGGAAACUGGAAUAUGGAAAUGUUGAUGAAGUGUUUAAAGUCGUUGAUCAAAUUCUUGAAGGUGAGAUACAUAUGGGAGGUCAAGAACAUUUUUAUAUGGAAACCCAAAGCAUGCUUGCGGUUCCCAAAGGAGAGGAUCAAGAAAUGGAUGUCUACGUCUCUACACAGUUUCCCAAAUACAUUCAGGAUAUAGUUGCCUCAACCUUGAAGAUCCCAGCUAACAAAGUCAUGUGCCACGUGAGGCGUGUUGGUGGGGCGUUUGGGGGAAAGGUGACCAAAACUGGCAACUUGGCAGCCAUCACGGCAUUUGCUGCAAAUAAACUCGGUCGUGCAGUCCGUUGCAUUCUGGAACGAGGAGAAGACAUGUUAAUAACAGGCGGGCGCCACCCUUACCUUGGAAAGUACAAAGUUGGAUUCAUGAAUGAUGGCAGAAUCUUGGCCCUGGAUGUGGUGCAUUAUAGCAAUGGAGGAGCCUCCUUGGAUGAGUCAUUAUUUGUGAUAGAAAUGGGAAUUUUGAAAAUGGACAAUGCUUACAAGUUUCCCAACCUGCGCUGCCGGGCCCGGGCAUGCCGAACCAACCUUCCAUCCAACACAGCUUUGCGUGGGUUUGGCUUUCCUCAGGUGGGACUGAUUACUGAAUCCUGCAUCACAGAAGUGGCAGCCAAAUGUGGUUUGUCCCCUGAGAAGGUCCGAACAAUAAAUAUGUACAAAGAAAUUGAUCAAACACCCUACAAACAAGAGAUUGAUGCUAAGAACCUGAUCCAGUGUUGGAGGGAAUGUAUGUCCAUGUCUUCUUUCUCCCUGAGGAAAGGGGCUGUGGAAAAAUUCAAUGCAGAGAAUUAUUGGAAGAAGAAAGGACUGGCCAUCGUCCCUCUAAAAUUUCCUGUUGGUGUGGGGUCACUUGCUGAUGGUCAGGCUGCUGCACUCGUUCACAUUUACCUAGAUGGGUCUGUGCUGGUGACUCAUGGUGGAAUUGAAAUGGGGCAAGGGGUCCACACUAAAAUGAUUCAGGUGGUCAGUCGUGAAUUAAGGAUGCCAAUGUCAAAUGUUCACUUGCGUGGAACAAGCACAGAAACCAUCCCUAAUACAAAUGCCUCUGGAGGGUCAGUGGUGGCAGAUCUCAACGGGUUGGCAGUGAAGGAUGCUUGUCAAACUCUUCUAAAACGCCUUGAACCCAUCAUCAGCAAGAAUCCUCGAGGCACUUGGAAGGAUUGGGCACAAUCUGCUUUUGAUGAAAGCAUUAGCCUUUCGGCCACUGGCUACUUCAGGGGUUAUGAGUCAAACAUGGACUGGGAGAAAGGCAAAGGUCGUCCCUUCGAAUAUUUUGUGUACGGAGCUGCCUGUUCCGAGGUUGAAAUAGAUUGCUUGACGGGUGAUCAUAAGAACAUCAGAACAGACAUUGUCAUGGAUGUUGGCUGCAGUAUAAAUCCAGCCCUUGACAUAGGCCAGAUUGAAGGAGCAUUUAUUCAAGGCAUGGGACUUUAUACAAUAGAGGAACUGAAUUAUUCUCCUCAGGGUGUCCUGUACACACGUGGUCCAAACCAAUAUAAAAUCCCUGCUAUCUGUGACAUCCCCACAGAGUUGCACAUUUCUUUGUUGCCUCCAUCUCAAAACUCAAAUACCCUGUAUUCAUCUAAGGGUCUGGGAGAGUCUGGGCUAUUCCUAGGAUGUUCUGUGUUUUUUGCCAUCCACGAUGCAGUGGGUGCAGCACGACGGGAGAGAGGCCUGUUUGGACCAUCGAAGCUCAGUAGUCCACUGACCCCAGAGAAGAUUAGAAUGGCCUGUGAGGACAAGUUCACACAAAUGAUCCCAAGGGAUGAACCUGGAUCCUAUGUUCCUUGGAAUAUACCUGUGUGAAUCCAGUGUAAACUUCGAGAGAAAAUGGGGUGAUUCUUCCGACAUAGCAAACU